UGCUCAAAAAUGCAAGGUGCGUUUACCUGAUUUAUUUUUGGAGAGGUGCUCUGAAAUGUGAUGGAAGAGUUUGACUUGGACACUGAAAUAUGUAACGUUGCUUAAAGUUCAAAACCAUGUGGAAAGGAGCAAUGGGUCGCAAAAAAGCCUCACCGUCGCUUAUCUGGACCCUCGUGCUGUCGCUGCUUUGCGCGCGGUCGCUCGGGCAGGUGUUCAACCUGACGCUCUCUGUUAAAGAGGGCUUGCCUGCUAAAACCAUCGUUGGAGAUCUGGGAGCAGGAUUAAGCAGGCCAAGCACCGGAUUCUUCAUCUCAGAGAGCAGAGACUCUUAUGUGUUCAGAGACUUGGAAAUAGACGCAGACACGGGGAUCAUCUCCACAGCUGUGAUCCUGGACAGAGAGAGCAGAGAUAAGUAUGAGUUUGUGGCAGCCACCCUGACAGGGGAGAUGAUCAAAGUGAUACUAGAGGUUACAGAUGUGAACGACCAUUCCCCUGUGUUUCCCUCAGAGGAGGUCAACUUAGAAAUAUCAGAACUGAGCCCCCCUGGGAGUCAAUUUCAGCUUGAAGUAGCUAAAGAUGGGGAUGAGGGUGAGUUUGGUACCCAGGGAUACAGGAUCACAGAGACUGAGAUGGGGGAGUUAUUCCACCUGGAGUAUCGCAGUGGAUCUGAGAGCCACCCGAGCCUGGAUCUCAUCCUCACCAGCAAACUAGACAGGGAAACUCAGGAGCUUUACUCCCUCACCAUCGAGGCCUUUGAUGGUGGCAUCCCAACCAGGACGGGGAAUCUUCAUGUGAACAUCCAGGUCCUGGAUGAGAACGACAACCCUCCCGUGUUCAACCAGACUGAAUACCACGCCUCGCUGCCAGAGGAUGCCCCGCUGAGGUCCUCUGUGUGUCAGGUCCACGCCACUGACCUCGACAUGGGCAACAACGGUGUAAUCAUUUAUGAGAUCAACAGGCGGCAGAGUGACCCAAAUGAGGUUUUCUCUAUCAACCAAAUCACCGGGGUGGUGUAUCUCAACAAGCCGCUUGAUUAUGAGACUCAGGCUUUCCAUGAGUUGAUCAUCAGCGCGCGAGAUAACGGGGCUCAGCCUGAGUACAGCAGCACUUUUGUGGGUGUGAAGGUGGUUAAUGUCAACGACAACAGUCCCACCAUAAGCGUGCUGUUCCUCAGCGAGACAGGAGAUGCUUUGGUUUCAGAGGCAGCAGCGAUUGGGGACUACAUUGCCAGGAUUUCAGUAUCAGACUCCGACUUUAAGGAGGAGAGGGUCACCGUCACGCUCGAGGAGGAUGAUGGGAAGUUCACCCUGAAGCAGACAGAUGACUUCCUGUAUGCUUUGUGUGUCAACUCAGAGCUCGACAGGGAACAAAAGGAUCUGUAUGAGUUGAAAGUGGUAGCAUCAGAUUUUGGGAGCCCACCUCUGAGCAGUGAGAUUGUCUUCCUCCUGAGGGUCAUCGACACCAAUGAUUGCCCCCCAGUUUUUGAGAAAGAUGUGUACAUGAUUGAUAUUUCUGAGGACGCACCACAGGGGAGUUCCCUCAUCCAGGUGCGAGCACAAGACGCAGAUGAGGGGGUCAACUCAGAUGUUAGAUACUCCAUCCUUAAGUCCAACCAGGACAGCUUGUUCAGCAUCCACCCAGACUCGGGCCUGGUCACAACAGCUGCAGCUCUGGACAGAGAGACACAGAUGGAGGUUUGGUUCCUGGUGGUGGCGACUGAUGGAGGAGACCCGGCUCUGUCAUCCACAGCUACAGUCACUGUGCUGGUGGAGGACGUCAACGACAACGAGCCUGUGUUCCUGCAGCAGCUGUACAACGUGUCCAUGCCCGAGCACAGUGAUGUCGGGAGCUGCUUCUUACAAGUUGUCGCCACAGAUGCAGACAGCCCUGAGUUUGGCUCACUGCUCUACUCUCUGUCUGACGGAUUUGACAUGCAGGACAAACAUCCUCUCUUCAAAAUCCACCCACAGACCGGAGAGCUGUGCGUCUCUCAGGAUAUUGAUCGAGACUCGGGGCUUACGGUCCAUGACAUUCUGAUUAAAGCUGAAGAUCCAGGAGGCCUGAGCGCCCAAACCUACGUGCACGUCGAGGUGGAAGACCUGAAUGAUAACGCUCCGGUGUUUAACCCUGACGAGUACACCAUGAGCAUCAGCAGCCACACUCAGCCCGGCACAGAAAUCCUCAACGUGGUCGCUACUGACCGAGAUUCUGGAAGUUUUGGACAGGUCACCUACGAUAUCCUACCUGGAGACAUGUCCAGUUUGUUCGCACUGGACAAACAAUCAGGGAUGCUCCUCCUGACCUCCACCCUGACCCACCUGGGUGCAGCCAGUGUGAAGCUCUCAAUAUCAGCGCGGGAUGGGGGGGGCUUGACCUCUGUCCGGCCUGCAGAGGUCACCAUCAACGUUUUACGCAGCGCUCAGGCUCCAGCCGUGUUCCAGAGGUCGCGCUACACCUUCUCAGUGCUUGAGGACGCUCCACCCGAGACUCCUGUGGGGACGGUGGAGGCCGUAAACCCAGCAGGCUCCGAAUCCGUGUCCUACCGGAUCUCCUCUGGAGACCCUCAGGGUUUGUUCUCCGUUCACCCGAAGUCGGGCCUGAUCAGCAACAUCAGACCUCUGGACCACGAGGUUCAGCCGUACGCUCUGCUGGUCCUUCAGUCCUUCACCGACACCUCUCCAGUCUACAGCACCACUCAGGUCAACAUCACUAUAGCUGACAUCAACGAUAACGCUCCUGUUUUCCCCAAACUGGGUGACAGCAUCACAGUUUCUCAGAACACACGCCCAGGGACAGUGCUAUUCAUCGCUCAUGCACACGACUACGACAGCGGGGCCAAUGGGAGGGUGCAGUAUCACCUGAAGAGUUCCAGAAACAGCACAUUUGUUGUUGACCGAAACCUGGGGACAGUUACAUUAAAUCAGAGUUUAAAGGUGCAUUAUGAGCAGAGGUACAGCCUGGAAAUCAUGGCUAAAGAUCAAGGAGAACCAUAUCUGAGCUCUUCUCUGACCCUCACGGUAAAUGUGGACCGCACCGCUGCUGAAGACAGCCUCGCCUUCGAGACACUAGUCUACCAGGUGGAGAUAGGUGAGGGCUACAGGAAAGACUCGAGGGUCAUCCAGGUGAGAGCGCACCGCAGCCGGGGGGCUCACAUGUCCAACUCAGGCCUCACAUACUCCUUGGAGGGAGAAGCCGGAUUUCCUCCUGCUCCGUUUCGAGUUCACCCAAGCACCGGAUGGCUGUAUCUCUCCCAGAGUCUGGACUAUGAGACAGAAUCCAUGUUUCGUUUCCGAGUGCUGGCCAGCGGCCCGGAGGCCUCGCUGGGGAACAUGACGGCCACAGCCACAGUGACCGUGCUGGUGCUGGACAUCAAUGACAACCCCCCGGUGUUCAGCAGCAAGGUCUACUACUUCACUGUGUCCGAGGGGCCGUCGCCUCAAGGCCUGGUGGGAACCGUCAAGGCGCUGGAUAAGGAUUCUGGGAAAAAUGCCCAGCUGUCCUACAUCCUGCUCACAGAUGGGAAGUUCUUCCGCAUCAAUGCUAAAACAGGUGAGAUUAUCAACUGGGUGGCGUUGGACCGGGAGCAGCACAGCCAGCACAGUCUGAAGGUGAUGGUGACCGAUCAGGGCCACCCUCGCUUCAACGCCACCGCCACCGUUCACAUCCUGGUCACUGACACCAACGACAACACGCCACAGUUCACACACCUGCCCGCCAACAAGGAGCUCAAUGUUCAGAUAUGGGCUGGGCUACCUGCAGGAUCCUUGGUGACAAACAUGUUUGCCAAAGAUUUAGAUGCAGGAGAAAAUGGAACAGUCACCUUCUCAAUGGUCUCAGCUGAUUCAGAGGAUGAUGGUUUCGAACACUUUGAGAUCGACAAUGAAAGCGGAGACAUGAGAACAACAGAGUUUUUUACUGAUAACACCAAACCAUACUACACUCUGAGAGUCAGUGCCAAGGACAGCGGAGCCCAGCCUUUGGAGGACACUGCAGUUGUUCAUGUACAGGUUCAUGAAUUAGAGGCUCUCUACAGCCAAACUAACCAGCAAACCAUGAGGCGUUUCACGGUGAAGGAAGACACGGAGCCAGCGACUGUCAUCGGCUCUGCUGGGGUUUCAUACAAAGGGAGAUUCCAGUACUCCAUCUCCGAGGGCGACGGCAGCGUUCACUUCGGCAUCGACAGCUCUUCUGGUGACAUUUACAUCAACCAGCCGCUGGACUACGAGUCGGCCAUGCAGUACUUCCUCAUGGUGCGAGCUGAGGACGCGGGUCUCGGCCCCGGAGUGAACAUGUCCGUGCUGGUGUGUGUGAUGGUGGAGGAUGUGAACGACCAAACACCCUGGUUCCCUGACAAACUGGUGAUGUUGGGCCUGCCGGAGGACGCUGCGUCAGGAUCGCUGGCGUUUGCUUUUCAUGCCAGGGACGCUGACGGGACUUUUCCUAACAGUGCCCUCCGCUACUCCCUGACCUUUGACCCUCAACUCAGCAGAUCAUCCCGCUUCCCCUUUCAGAUCAACCCUCUCACGGGGAGCCUGACUGUAACAGCACCUUUAGACCGAGAGACCAACCCCAGCUACGCCUUCACUGUGACCGCCACCGACCAGGCGAAGAGGAAGGAGGAGAGGAAGCAGACGUCAGUGACGGCUCAGGUGUUCCUGCUCGAUGUGAACGAUAACCGGCCGGUGUUUGUAUCAGCGGACACAGUUCAGGUGAUGGAGGACGCAGAAGUGGGGACUCUGCUGCAUCAUUUCAUAGCCAUAGACGGAGAUCAGGGUGAAAACGGGGUCGUCUCCUUCAUCAUCAUCGCUGGAAACAAGGAAGGACUGUUCACACUGGAGGAGAAAACAGGCCUCCUCUUCCUCUCAAUCCCUCUGGACUAUGAGACUCAGCGUUUCCACCGCCUGACCGUGCGUGCGGUAGACCGCGGGCUGCCCUCGCUCUCCUCCACCCAGACUCUGACAGUGGAGGUGGGGGAUGUGAACGACCAGGCACCCGUCUUCAGUCAGAGCAUCUACAACGCCAGUGUGGCGGAGAACAGAGACCCUGAAGAGCCAGUGGUCAGGGUCUCUGCCACUGAUACAGACUCAGAGGAGAAUGCCGUGGUGUGGUACAGCCUGUUGCCCGGACCCGGCUACGAGCUCUUUAACAUCAACCCGUACACCGGUCUGAUCGCCACCGCCUCCCACCUGGACCGAGAGCAGCAGCAGCAUUUCACUCUCAGAGUCCAGGCUCGUGACAGCAGCACGCGGCCUCUGUCAGGGACGGCCACAGUGCUGUGCUCGGUGCUGGACGACAAUGACAACCCUCCGGAGUUCAUGCAGUCAUCGUUCCAGAUCAGCCUGCCAGAAAACCUCCCUCCUGGAGUGGUGCACACUGCUCAGGCCUCGGAUCCAGACCAUGGAGAAAAUGGAACUAUACACUACUCCAUUUUAGGUGAGGACUACAGAGGUCGUUUCACCAUCAACAGCCACACAGGGGCUGUCAGCACCACUCAGGUCCUUGACCGCGAGGAAAGGCAGAAUUACACUCUCACCAUACAGGCCCGGGACUAUGGCCCCACCUCGCUCAGCUCCACCACCCAGCUCCAGCUGCUGCUGCUGGACCAGAACGAUAACAUCCCCUCCUUCACCCGUAAGAGCUACCACGCCUCCGUCAGCGAGGGCCUACCUGCGGGAGAGGAGAUGCUGCGGGUCAGCGCCUUUGAUCCUGACGAGGGGUCCAACGGGGAGCUGACCUACUCUCUGACCGAGGACAGCAGCCAGGGGGCCUUCUCAGUGGACGCCUUCACAGGAGUGAUCCGCUCCACCAGGGCUCUGGACAGAGAGAGCAGGGCCCAGUACACCUUCAGAGCUGUGGCCACUGAUGGCUGCUCUCAGGGGCCGCUGAGCUCUGUGGCAUCGGUGACCAUUCAGGUGGAGGAUGUGAACGACAACGUGCCAAUCUGUGAGCAGAAUCCCAUCAACGCAUGGGUUUCUAUGAGGACUCUACCAAACCAGAUAGUAGCCACGCUGUCGGCAACAGAUGGAGACCAGGGUGACAACGGGACUAUUCAGUUUACGUUGUCUGAUGAGGAAAACCUGUUCGACAUCAACAGCGAGUCUGGAGAUAUUUCACUGAGAAGGCGAGUGAGAGCAGGUUUCUCUGAGAGGAAGCUGCAGGUUCUGGUUUCAGACAAAGGACAACCUGCUCUGACCUCCACCUGCCUGGUUUUCAUGUAUCUCAAGGGAGAACACGAAGGACUGCAGUUCACAAAUAAAGUGUACAAUGCUACUGUCAACGAGAACAGCAGAGCUGGCACUUGGAUUGCAAAAGUGGAGGCCAGUGACCAAACCAACAGCAGACAAAGGAUCACAUACAACAUAUUUAGUGGCAAUGAGAAUGAUGUUUUCUCCAUCAACCGUCACACAGGUGAGAUCCGGGUGCAGAAAGAUAACUCCCUGGACUUUGAGGCGAGCGCUGAGAUCCAUCUGGUGGUGCUGGCUGACAGCAGGCUGCAGACGGCCCACUGCAGGGUCUCCAUCAGCCUGCUGGAUGUCAAUGACAAUGCACCGGUGUUUGAACACAGCAGCUACAGAACAGCUGUCUGGGAGGGGCAGGUGCACAACACCUACAUCAUGCAGAUGUUUGCGUCUGAUGCUGACAGCGGGGUAAACGGACAGAUUGAUUACUCCAUGGUGUCCGGUAACUCUAACGAAGCGUUCGUCUUGGACUCUGUUCGUGGGAUUCUUGCUACCAAUGUCUUGCUGGACCGCGAGAUCACCCCUUCAUACAAACUGGUCCUGCGGGCCGCAGACAGGGGGAACCCUCCGCUCAGCAGCACCACCACCAUCAGGGUCCAGGUGGUGGACGUCAAUGACAACAGCCCCGCCAUCCCCCCCAUGGAGCCUGUAGUUAUAGCAGAGAAUCUGCCAGCAGGUUACAUGGUCACCCAGGUCACUGCCAAUGAUGUGGACUUGAGCUCGACCAUCACCUUCAGCUUUUCAGGCAACAAUAGCCUCAAUGACCCCUUUGCCAUUGAUCAAUAUACUGGUGUAGUCACCCUGACUCAGGCCCUGGACUAUGAGGAGCAGACAGAGUACACCGUGGUAGUCUGGGCCUCUGAUUCCCUCCACCAGACCACUGGAGAGGUCAAAGUUCAAGUGCUUGACGUCAAUGACAACGCUCCAGUCUUCACCAAGGUUUCCUACCAGGUGGAGUUGUCAGAGUUGGUUACGGCAGACACGUUCAUCUUGUCAGUGUCUGCUACCGACAGAGACGCUGGACUCAAUGGGAAGAUCACCUACAGGCUUCUUUCAUCUCCUUUACAAGGCUUUUACAUCGAGCCAGACAAUGGGUCUAUUUUCACCAAAAAGCCCCUGAAGGCCAUCACAAAUAGCAACCUGGUCCAUCUGCUGGUGGAGGCCAGAGACGAAGGCGAUCCUGUGCAGUCCACUGUCACCUCCGUAGAUAUGCUGAUUCUGGAUACCAACGACCAUGCACCUUUGUUCCUCCAGGACAUCUUUACACUCACUGUCCCAGAGGACAUGCCCACAGGCACCACGCUACUGACACUUUCUGCAGAGGACCAAGACUGGAGCCCAGAAAACACCCAUUUGGACUACACCAUCGUCAGGGGAAAUCAGGAGAGGCGAUUCUGUCUGGAAGUAAAAAUGGUUCAGGUUGAGAAUCAGAUGAGAAACGUAGGAAAACUGGUUCUGUGUAACCCUUUGGACCGUGAGACCAAGGAGAGCUACACACUAACAGUGAGUGUGUCUGAUCGAGGAACUCCUCCACUGAACAGCUCUGCUGUCGUUAUGGUGACUGUGACAGACUGCAAUGACAAUACCCCUGUCUUUUCCAGCACAGGAUACCAUGCACAGGUUAGUGAAAACAGUCCUGUAGGUACCAGGCUGGUCCAGGUCAGUGCUCAGGAUCCUGACCUGGGAACCAACGGCCUGUUGCGGUACGACAUUAUCUCAGGGAACAGCAAAGGUCACCUCAAGUUAGACCCUCAGUCUGGCCUUUUGGUGGUCAACAACUCACUUGACUAUGAGGAAGACUCAAAAUAUACCCUCACCAUCCGAGCAUCUGAUGGUGGUGAUUCAUCUGAAGAACGUAAAGUGGCUUUUACUGUGGUCUUCAUCACAGUGUUGGAUGUCAAUGACAACACUCCAUACUUCAUGUUCCCUACCAUUAACUGUUCUGUACUGGAGAACCUCCCAGCGUUUACCCACACCUGUUCUGUCCAUGCUGUGGACAAUGACUUAGGCCCCUAUGGCCAGCUCACCUACUCUAUUGUGUCCUCUUGCUUCAUGGACUAUGGCAGUGGCAGUCCCGAGAAGAAGGAGGCCUUUGCCAUCGACCCUCUAACAGGAGACAUUCACACCAGACAUACCUUUGAUUACGAACGAGAGAGUGAAUACUGCUUCGUCGUGGAGGCCAGAGACAAAGGGGACAAAGCAGCUACGGUGAGAGUUCAGGUGACCAUCAAAGGAGUGGAUGAGUUCAGUCCCGUCUUCACCCAAAAGCGAUACCAAUUCCUCCUGCCAGAAAACGCCCAGCUUGGAGAGACAGUCGGUUAUGUGAUGGCGAUGGACCAUGAUGGAGGGGUGGACGGGAUGGUGGAGUACUCCCUUGUGAAGUCAUCACAGUUUUUCUCAAUAAACAAAACAAUUGGGGCCAUUUUUGUGUCGGGUCCUGUGUAUCGCAGAAGAAGCCCCUAUGCUAAAGAAGAUAUGGUGGAGCUGGUCGUGUCUGCAGGUAGUCCCAGAUUGGCUUCCAGGACCACCGCCUGCCUAGUUUUGGUCAACAUCUCCAGCUCAGCAGAGGCCCUCACGGGGGUUCCUCUUGAUGCACAUAUGCUUAGUUUGAGUAUCUCGCUAAUCAUGUUCCUCCUUGUGCUCCUCAUUUUUGUGGGCUUGGUUCUCAGGUACAAGAUCAAGGAAGCGUCAAUCAAAAAGGCUGCUGCCAUUGCGGUCAACUUGAACAACGGCACAGGCUCGUUUGGUAGAACCAUUGGCCCAAGGGCCAUCCCUCUGCAGGAGAUAGAACAGCCCAGCGUACCGGAUACCACGAGGGAGAUUUCCAAUCCAUACAAUCCAUCAGACUCGAGCGGACGUGGAUCAGCAGAAGGUGAGACAGCCGAAGACCAGGAGAUCAAGUGGAUUAAUCAGUACACAUGCCAUAGAGAUGAAUCUGUGCAGGGCAACCAUGACACAGAGAUCCCAGACUCUGCUUUACCAGGGGACACCAUCUCCUGUCACUCCAUCGAUGUAGGACCAGAGCAUAUUACAUCUGUCAAUAAACGUUUUAUCUCAGGAAUGGCCAGCACAGAAAGCCUCUACCACUUCAAAGAGGAGGGUGGAGGUGAGGGACUACUCCCUGCAAUACUUAGGGUGAGGGAUUUGGAGGAGAGCAUGAGGACAAAUGGGUAUGCUCCGCUCUCAGAAGCCCACGCCUCUGCAGAUUCUCUCUCUUCACUGGUUUGUCUAGAAGAGGAACUGCAGGGACAGUACAGCUGGGAACAAAUGUUGGACUGGGAGCCACGCUUCCAGACUCUGGCCUCCGUUUUCACCGAUAUCGGGAUGCUCCCCGAUGAGGAGCUUCAAGGUGGACGUGAGGACUUUGCAGCAGAGGCUAGCUUUCUCAUGUACCCACCACCCCUUUUAACAGGAGUGGCUCAGCCUGGCAUUAGGACUGUACCUCCACGAAAACCAGGGCGUAUACCAAGCAUGAGAAGAAAGUCCUCUUACCGCAAAUAUGCGUAUUCCCCCUUAGCAAGGAACACAGGACUCACCCCUUCAGCCAUGACGCCAAAUUUCUCCCCAUCGCUGUCUUCCCUCACCAUAAGGACGCCCAGUGCUUCACCAGUUGUCUCUGACACUGGGGUUGGGGGUAUCAGACUCGACUCAGGGCCCCACACUGCAAGUCUAUUGGAGGCAGAAAUCCAGGUGUAGACACAAACUUUGAUCAAGUGUUUCUGUGACAUUCAAAUCUGUCUUUCUAUCCAGCAUCUGAAGUUAUUUCUCCUACCAUUUAAGUGAACUUUAAGGGACACAUUUAGUUUUCAUUUUGGUUUCUUGACAUUAAUCACGUUUUUUUAAACUCAGCAAUAUCAUGCAUUUAGUCUCAAAGGGGUGAUUUCAGGCUAUUUCAUUUGAUGUCAUUUGAACAUAAUGGAGUAAUUUCAUUACUUAGAUAGAACUUCAUUUCAUUACUCUCCUCUGUAAUAAACAGAAUAUCUGGAAAAGCCUGCAUACACUCAAUAUAUUCUUAUAUUGCAGCAGAUGUUCGAGUCGGCAAGUAAUUACUGAAUGUUUUACUGUAAACAUAUUUCUAUGAGCAGAAAAUGAAACACUUUGUUAUUACUGUUGGUUUGCGGCUUCUAAAUGAAAACCUUAUAUGGUUGGUUUAACUUCAAUACGCUAAGAAAAGCUUCAUUGUCCUUUGGUUAAUUCCAUCCUCCUGGAACCAUAAAAAAUACAGACUUCUCUAAUAUAUUCUGCCAAUUAAAUGCCAAUAAAUCCAAUGACGAACAUCUUUUAUUUGUUUCCUUUAAUCUACAACUGCUCUUAAUUUCAAUGUUUUAUUGUUAAGUCUUAGGAGUCGAGGUUUAUGAAGACAAGGAAAGUUAAAAAGUGAUAUGCUUCCCUUUUUAAUGGGAUUAUAUUGUCACUUGUUAGUAUGAUUUCAUAUUUUUCUAAACCAAUUCCAGAUUCUUAUUUUUUCUCAGAACAAUAACAGAAAUGAUCUGUUCCUUUCACGAUUGUUUUCGUGCUGGCUGAUAACGAGCAAAAUGUUAUUAAACGGCACUUUAUGUGCAGUUACCAGAGAAAUGUAUGAUUUUACAUAUGAAUACAUUUGCAAUAUAAUUUGCAAUAAAGAA